GUUAUUAUUGUCCGAUUAACCAUGAACGGCGUGAUUUGGAGCAAGACGCAAAAGACUUUCGUGCCAAUUUCCAGCGUGCCGGCGUUUGCCGAAAUGCAGCAAGAACGUCUUAGACAAAGUCGAGCAUUGGAAACCCAUAAUUUCCAAUUGCAAAACUUAACUCUCACAUCUUUUCAGGAACCGCGUUUCUUCGAAUUUUACGACAAUGAUACGAAAGUUACAGGACUCUGUGGUGAAUUAUGGAAUCUUCUUUCUGAAAAUUUGAACUUUACAUUACAGCCGAUCAGAUCAAAUGAAAGCAGCCUGGGUGCGUCACAGAACAAGACAAUUUUUGUACGUGGAUUAUUAGGCGUAAUUACGCGUAAUGAAACCUUUGCGAUACCCAAAGUCGAAACGUAUAGUCUUCGACUUUUAGCUACUGAUUUUACAAUGCCUUUAUGGAUGAACAAGAAUCGAUUGUAUAUUCAACAAGAGAUAAUACACGACAGCACAUGGAUGGCAAAAGUGUUUUCCUGGAAAAUAUGGUGUUUUAUGUUGGUUAUGUAUUUAGUACUGAGUGUAUGCAGUUUUUGGUCACAAAUUAUUUUUGAACGGAUCGGAAAUAAUUGCAGACACUCGUCUAUUGGUGAACAUAUUUUUUACAAUUUUGGAAUGAUCUGCAAUCAAAGUUACAUUCCUGAUAAUCUUAUUGGAAGAUCAAAGAUAAUAGAAGUAUCGCUGGGCCUUUUUUGUUCUAUAAUGUCCAUGUCAUUUGGAGCUUUGUUAUUUCUUUUCAUAGCAAAAAGAAUUAACAUUCUACCGCCAUUCAAUAAUCUGGACUCUAUGCUGGCCGAUUCUAUAUAUAACGUUGUUUCUUUGAAAGGUUCCGUUGGCCAUAUAGCUAUUACGGCAAGCCCUGAAAAUUUUUUUAUACGGGUAAGAACUGCGAGACGCUUCGUCAUUGCAUCAACAGUCGAGGAAAUGUUUCAAUUGGCAUGUAGGAAAGGUAAAAAGAAGAAGUAUACCAUACUCCAAGGUGAAGACGAAUAUAAGACAAGAGGUCAGAUUAAAUGUUAUAUGACCCCAAUUGGAGAAUCUUAUUUGCGGAUGUGGAUAGCUUCUGGUAUCGUGAAGAAUUGUAAAUACAAAAGAAGCAUCGAUCUUGGGAUACUUAAAUUAAAAGAAGUUGGAUUGUGGAAGGCGUUAACAGAGCGUUGGAUGGCGCAGAAACGCGAACGACAUGAGAAUAUGACUAUGGAACCGAUUGAAAUGGAUCAAGUUAUUUUGAUAAUUUUAAUAAUGUGCUGUGGAACAAUAAUGGCUAUUAUUAUUUUUAUAAUCGAAAAAAUUGUGUAUAAGCUCAAAUCAUUGUGACUACUUUUCUCUAAUACUUGUAGCCAAGGGUGUCCGCAGAAUUUUUUUUUAGAGGAUGGCAUGAUCCAAGUUUGCAUAUACUACUCACGAAUAUAUCUUACAGAUUUAAUUGCAGCGAAAUUAUACAG